AUGUUGAAUUGCAGUAGAGAGCUUGGAAGAGCGACUUUAGCGACUGUUUGGCAGAAGGGGCAAGUUUCGGGCUUGCGGGCGUGGUACGCACAGGUUACAGCUUGUGAUGCUGCCGGGGGUUACCGCCUAGGAGGCAAACGUUUGAUCACGCAGCUCAUCUCACCUGCCGAUAGUGUGGGAUCACGGAAAAUGGGGGUACCGACGGCGGUUUCGGUGCAGAGACUGUCCUCGUCAUGCGCUGGAGAAACGGGCACUGCUGCGAGCGAACGCAGCGCGAGCGUGCCGCGCUUCGAUCCGUCUGUGCACAUCGUGACGCGUCGGACUCGCGUCCGAGAGCAGCUGGACGCAAUUUUCAAACCACGAGCUGUGGCAGUGAUUGGUGCGACGGAAAAGCCCGGCUCCGUCGGUCGCAAUAUUUUCCAGAACCUGCUCUCGCCUUUCGGCGGUGCCGUGUACCCUGUGAAUCCCAAACGAAGCCACAUUUUGGGUAUACGCGCAUAUCCGAAUGUGUCGUCAAUUCCGGAGCCAAUAGAUCUCGCUGUUAUCACGACACCCGCGAGAACAGUGCCGUCGAUUAUGCACGAACUCGCUGACAACCGCGUUCCAGGCUGUGUGAUUAUUUCGGCGGGUUUCGCCGAGGCGCAGGUUGGUGGCGAGGGUCGAAAGCUUCUCGAUGAGACACUCGCAGAGGCUCGGCGUGGAGGCACGCGUAUCAUCGGACCAAACUGUUUGGGUAUCCUCAAUAUCUCGACAGGGAUGAAUGCGUCGUUUGGUGCACGGGCAGAGUACGUUAAAGGCGAUGUGGCUCUGCUGAGUCAGAGCGGAGCUUUGGUCUGCUCGCUUCUCGACUGGGCACUGAAGGAACGAUUUGGUUUCAGCAAAGUUGCAUCGUUAGGAACGAUGUGCGACGUCGACUGGGCGGAUAUGAUUCGGUAUAUCGGUGAGGAUACGCAUUCGAGGUCGAUUGUUGCCUACGUUGAAUCGAUUGGGAAUGUUCGCGCCUUCAUCUCGGCUGCUCGAGAGGUUGCAACCACGAAGCCAAUUGUGGUGAUUAAAGCUGGACGCACGCCCGCUGCGGCUGCGGCAGCAGCGUCACACACCGGCAACCUUACUGGGUCGGACGAAGUGAUUGGGGAGGUCUUGCGCCGUGCCGGAGUGCUGCGCGUGGAUCGAAUCGAUGAUCUCUUCCUCACUGCAAGAGUGCUGGCGCAGCAACCUCGACCUCGCGGAAAAAAUCUUACGAUCAUAACGAAUGCGGGAGGGCCGGGGAUCCUAGCGGCAGAUGAGUUGGUUUCGGGUGGUGGUGCGCUCACCGAGCUCUCAUCAGAAACCAUGGAUGCACUGGACAAGGUGCUCCCGGCAGCCUGGUCGCAUGCGAACCCGGUUGAUAUCAUUGGAGAUGCGACACCAGAAACGUAUGCGAAGGCGCUUGAGAUCUGCUCCAAGGAUGUGAACACGGACGGCACGCUUGUGAUUCUGACGCCGCAGGUCAUGACCGAUGCUACUGCAACCGCAGAUAUUCUGGUACGCGCGGCAGCCACAGCGCGUGCCGAGGACAAACCAGUGCUUGCGAGCUGGAUGGGGGGCAUUGAUGUUUUAGCGGGCCAGGAAAUUCUGAAACGCAACGAGAUCCCCAACUUCGCGUUCGCGGACGUGGCUGUUCGCAUUUGGAACUAUCUUCAUCGUUACAAUUCGAUUCUCGAGAGCCUCUACGAGGUACCAGAGGGCCCCUCAACCCGUGUUGCAGGGAUGCGCCAGAUUAAGCGUUCUGCAGAAGAAAUGCUCGAGCAAGCACGCCAAGCAGGGCGAAUCGUGCUGAACGAGUACGAGAGCAAGAGACUUCUCAGCAUGUACGAAAUUCCAGUUUUGGAGGCGAAGCUAGCGCAUUCGGAGGAUGAAGCCGUUGAGAUCGCGAAACGUAUUGGUUUUCCGGUCGUAGCCAAGCUGUUGAGCCACACGAUCACACACAAGACCGACGUUGGUGGCGUGAAGGUGAAUCUCCACACACCGGAUCAAGUUGUCGAAGCCUUCCAUUCGAUUCGCGAGAGCGUCACCAAGCUCCGCGGCGCAGAACACUUCCAGGGCGUUAUUCUGGAACGAAUGAUCGAUCUUCGCCCCGGAGGAUACGAGGUCUUGUUGGGGAGUACACUCGACCCGCAAGCAGGACCUAUUGUGGCGUUUGGCACCGGUGGAACCCUUGUGGAAGUCUACAGGGACGUCAGUCUCGGCAUACCGCCGCUGAACUCUGCGCUCGCGCGUCAAAUGAUGGAACGAACUCGCAUUUACAAUGCACUGAAGGGCGUGCGGGGCCAUGACCCGGCUGAUCUUGAGCAGCUGCAAACAGUGGUAUCUCGCUUCUCUCGAAUGGUGUGCGAACAACGCCUUAUCAAAGAGUGUGAUAUCAAUCCGCUGUUUGUGACUCCACGCGGUAUUGUGGCAAUUGAUGCCCGUGUCGUCUUGCAUGACCCGCACGUGUCACUGGAUACUGUACCGCAGCCGGCCAUCCGCCCGUACCCCUCGGAGUAUGUCAGCCCCUGGAGCGGCGACAGUAUGGGGAACCUCCCGGUGGUGAUUCGGCCCAUCCAUCCCUCGGAUACACCAAAGCUUUUAGAGUUCUGGGACGCUCUGUCAACAACAGGCACUGGUUAUUUAGUGCCACAAGUCGUUGCCGCAGCGCCCACUCGUGACGUGAACCUACGGGAUCGAUGGCUGCGCAAUCGUUUGCUUCGCAUAGCCUUUUGCGACUUUAACUCGGAAAUGGUGAUCAUCGCCGAGGCCCGUGAUGCCGAAGGGAGCGCUGCAAUCCACGCUCUAGCCCAGCUGCGUUUGGAGCCGGAGCCGGACCCCGGUCAUUUUGCGAUUAACGUCUUGGACACGGACCGUGGGCACGGCCUCGGGACAGAGAUGCUCCGCCGACUCAUGGAUAUUGCGCGUCGCGAGGGCUUGACUCGAAUAUGGAGCGAGAUCGCACCGGAGAAUCGGGCUAUGCAGCGCAUUUGUGAGAAACUCGGUUUCCAGCUGGGACCAUUACCAGACCAGGAGAAUGGCAAUAUUCUCGCCGAGUACGUUUUGAGCGCGUGA